AUGUUGAACGAUAGGACCAAAACAACGAAUAAUGUUAACUAUCAAACAUGGUUUUUAUCAAUGUAUUUUUCUACUCAUACAAUAUAUGUAUUAUUAAUAUUGAUUUUAAUUGGUUGGAAUACAUAUAAUACACAGCAAUGUCGAAUAUUAGCUGAACGACAAUUACAAAUAGAAAAUAUUCUUACAGGAUUAUUACCUUCUUCAUCUUCAAUACCAUCUUUUUCUCAUCAACCAACAUUAAUUGAACAAUGGUUUAGUAGAAUUUUUCAUUUUAUACGACAAUUAACAUCGAAAGCUACAACUAAGAUUAAUAAUAGUAAUUCUAUUGUUAAGCCAUAUACGGCUACAGCACGUGAACGACGAUAUAUUCAAGAACCUAUAAUAUCUAAUUGUCAAUGUCCUCCGGGUCCAAAAGGCGAAAAAGGCGAUCGAGGUUUUGCAGGAUUUCCGGGUGAAAUGGGACCAAAAGGAGAACGAGGUCUUCCUGGUUCGAUUGUGUGGAAUGGUAUCAAAGGUGAAAAAGGUGAACCAGGUCGUGAUGGAGAAUCAACUCGAGAAGAAAUGUUGGCACCAUCUCAAGACAAAUUCAUUCAAGGACCACCAGGACCACCGGGUCCACCCGGUCCACCAGGACAGAAAGGUGAUAUGGCUUCUGCUGGUAAUAGUGGUUUUAAUAAAGCUGGGCUACCCGGACGAGAUGGUAAUCAAGGUGAACUAGGUAUUCAAGGUCCACGAGGAGACAAAGGCGAAAAAGGUGAAGAAGGAGCAGCAGGAAAACGAGGAUUUCCGGGUCGACCAGGUUCACCAGGUCCUACCGGAAUGGAUGCACUUCCAUGUCCACGCGAAGUUUUACUUAAUUUCGAUAAUAUGUGUAAUUCAUGUUGUAAAAAAACAUAA